GAGAGAGUACAAGAAACAGAAAUAAGCGUUGUGUGUUUGUCCAGAUAACACACAUGGUAUAAGUGAGGGGUGCAGGAGGUGAAAUCGAACCUGGGACUCUGCUUUAGGAUGAGGUCUCUCAAACACCUGAAACCACAGACCAAGAAAAAUGUGGAGGAGAAGACACAGCGGCUGGUCAGAUGUUAUUCUGAGGCCAUGCACCAUCAGAUGGACGCAGGGACACAGACAGACCCAGUGGUGGUCCUGUCACUGGCCCAAGCUGCUGUGUUGGGACUUAUUUCCCAGAACGAGGUCUUCGGUGCCACCAUCGCCCCGAACGGCUUCUACACAGGAGAUCCUAAAGAGUCCCCAGCUCCACCAGGUGAGAGAAUGGACUACGAGUAUGCUGACCAGCUUAUAGGUGCCAAUGGCGACUACCUUGGGGAGAAUUUGGGUGAGGAUGGGCACAUGCAUUCCAGCUGUGCUGAGAGAAGGUGGCAGGGGCCACCAGAAAACAGCAAACCUGUAGUAGGGCCCCAAGAUGCAGCAUCACAUGUUAAAGGGGAGUCUGUAACCCCAGGUUUACCCUCGUGCAAUCACAUGAUGAACAACAUGGUGUCCAGAGAAGGCGUACAGUUGGUGGACCCUUCAAGCUACAGGGUUCAUCCCAAACUUCAUUCCAACAACUGCUGCUCCACCUGCGUCCGGGACAUCAAGACUACACAUCCUUCACCUGAUUAACAUUUACAUCCUCACCCCCACGCCCAUAACCACGCAUCUCAUGAGGUGGCUUCACGCAACAGGACCCACAUGAAUAUUAAAGGAGCAGAAGAAGUAACAGAGGAUGGGGAUAGUGGAAGAAAUAGCAUUAAAGGUGGAAGUGGUGGUGAAGAAAUUAGUAGCUACUUUCAGGGCAACGAGGUUAGUUACGAGGGUGGGGAGAUGGAAGGAGUUGGGGAGUUCGAGGAGAACGCUGAGGGGAUGUUCUGGGCGGAGCCGGUGGAGGGGGAGGCACCCCGCGGACGCCGCAUAGACCGCUUGGACAUCAACAUCCAGAUCAACGAGUCAUACUGUGUGGACGUUGGCGAGGGCUUGAAGCGCUGGAAGUGCCGCAUGUGCGAGAAGUCCUACACGUCCAAGUACAAUCUGGUUACGCACAUACUGGGUCACAAUGGCAUUAAGCCACAUGCGUGCCCACACUGUGGCAAACUCUUUAAACAGCCCAGUCACCUACAGACACACCUGCUGACACAUCAAGGUACGCGGCCUCAUAAAUGCACCGUGUGCAAGAAGGGCUUCACCCAAACCAGUCACUUGAAGCGACAUAUGCUGCAGCACACUGAUGUUAAGCCCUACAGUUGCCGUUUUUGUCGCCGUGGUUUCGCCUACCCAAGCGAACUCCGUGCUCACGAAGUCAAGCACGAACGAGGGCGAUGCCACGUCUGCUCGCAAUGCGGCAUGGAGUUUCCCACAUAUGCUCACCUGAAACGUCAUCAGGUGAGCCACCAAGGACCCUCCACCUUUCAGUGCAGCCAGUGCAACAAGUCGUUCGCCUACCGCAGCCAGCUGCAAAAUCACCUACUGAAGCAUCAAACGCAGCGAUCGUUCUCCUGUAGCCAGUGUGGCCUGCAGUUUCUUCAGCUGCAUCAGCUACGCCAACACUCCCUCACACACAAGACAAACAAACCUCAGGCCCGUGCCACAAAGGGAACAAAAGGGUUUAAGUGUGACGUGUGUGCACGAGAGUUUACAUUGUCUGCAAACCUGAAGAGGCACAUGUUAAUUCAUGCCAGCGUUCGGCCGUUCCAGUGUCACGUGUGCUUCAAAUCUUUUGUCCAGAAACAGACCCUCAAAACUCACAUGAUCGUGCACCUGCCUGUAAAACCCUUCAAGUGCAAGGUGUGUGGUAAAUCGUUUAACCGAAUGUACAACCUCCUGGGCCACAUGCACCUCCAUGCUGGCAGCAAACCCUUUAAGUGUACAUACUGCUCCAGUAAAUUUAACCUGAAGGGAAAUCUUAGCAGACACAUGAAAGUCAAGCAUGGAAUGGACAUCUCUCCAGAUGGACGAGAUGGCCCACCAGACAUGGAGCCCCAAGAGGACUACGAGGAGGAGAACUUCAAUUAUGCAACGCAAGAGAAUUUGGAAAACGAUGCACCGAACUUAACAAAACUUUCUGAGGUGGCCAUCCAGGAGCUUGACUAUUAUAACUUUGGAAAGGAUGUUGGAAGCUACAAUACAGCCUAAACACAAUUUAAAUUAAUGUCAGGUUGAAUAAAUGUUAAGUUACAUGUGGCCUAUGAUGGCGUUUGUCAACCAUGAGUUGAUUGAGAUGUUCCUCCAUGAAAACCACUGCUCACCAGUUGGAGGCCAUCGUGACCUCCUGGAGUUGAUCUCAUGGAGUAGCUACUCUUGAUUCUGUUUCAUGAAACAGAGCGAUAGUGUGCGAAGAACUGCAUUCAGUUCUAACAAACGUCAAUGCUGUACUUUUAGUAUGUUGUGAAAUACAUUGUUACAUUAAUAACAUACAUUAGCGUCAUGAAACCUAACUGAAAUGCAGUCUUGUGAAAAGUAAUCCACAUAUCAUUUUGGUUGGAAAUAUUCGAAUGGCAGGUGCAUGCAGCCUAGUGGCUUUCAUCAGUGAGGUACUUCAGAGUAGUCUAUUAACCUGUUGCUUCAAUUUCCUCACAUUUUCAUUAGAUUUUGAAUGCAGUUACUUCCAAAAACCCAUAGAAACACUGUGUGAAAGAACAAUAUCAGGCCUAGUACACAAAGUGGUUGGAUUUCUUCAUUUCUAAAUGUGUGGAAAAGCAGAUGGGAGUGCCUAAACCCCAUGUACCAAUGCUACCACUCUCUCUGGUACAGGACCGUACGCUGCCCAUUCCUGAGCACUAGUACCAGAACCAAACUUCAUCAAAAGUUUGCUUUAAUGACCACUGAGUGGAUUAUUUUUGUUCCAUAGUAUUGCUGUUUAUUUUGCACUUUGAAAAUGUAAUAUCUGAAAAAGCCUCUUUCAUCACUGACUGUUCUGGUCUAAUUUUCAUCUCCAAGGAGAUAACAUGCCUGUCACUUCCAUAGUAAGCUGUUCCUCGAGGCAACUUUGCCAUCCCUGUAGAUUCCAAAAUAAACAGGAUUUUUGAAGUUUAAA